AUGAAGCGGUGGAUCCAUGGCUGCUGCAUAUUUACCUCCAUACACCCCGGCUGCCUGUCCGCCUCCGCCGUCCUGCUCCCGCCUUCCCGCUGGCCGCUUUGCCUUCGCUCCUCUCUACAACUCUCCUGCAGCAUUUUGCUAACAAUCCGAGCUGCGUUUUCCGUCAGCGUGGUAGCCGGGCGGAGCGGACAGAUCCUGCCGUACGCUAACCACCUCCGAGUUCUUAUCUCCGUGAGUCUCCACGAUUAG